GGCCGGGCUGGGCGACGGCGGGCGGGGGCAGCGAAGGCUCGCGGCGGCGGGCGGCUCGCUCCGUGAGGGCGGGAGGGGGCAGCGGGCCGCGGCCAUGUUUCCGCCCGGGCCGGAAGCGGCGGGAGCGGGGCGGCAGCGGGGCGGCAGCGGAGCCGGGCGCCGCCGCAGGUUUGCCUUAGCCCUAAGCUUCACUGAAGCAAUGCUUAGACUACGCUUACUAACAUGGGAUGUGAAAGAUACGCUGCUCCGGCUUCGGCAGCCAGUGGGAGAGAAUUACUCAGCUGAGGCCCGGGCUCAUGGGGUCCAGGUGCAGCCGGAGGCGCUCAGUCAAGCUUUCCACCAGGCUUACAAAGCCCAGCAGCAGCGCUUCCCCAACUACGGCCUGCGCCAGGGGCUGAGUUCCAGGCAGUGGUGGGUAGAUGUCGUCAAACAAACCUUCAGGCUCUCGGGGGUGCAUGAAGACAGAGUCCUUACCCGGCUGGCAGAAAACCUCUACCAGGACUUUUGCAGCGCGCACACCUGGGAGGUGCUGCCAGGAGCCAACGAGAUUUUAAGUCAGUGCUGCGAGCGGGGCUUUCGAAUGGGGGUGAUCUCCAACUUCGAUAAGAGGCUUGAGAAGAUUCUGUCGCAGUGCAACCUGCGGCACCAUUUUGAGUUUGUCUUGACCUCCGAGGAUGCAGGUUUCGCCAAACCAGACAGGAGGAUCUUCGAGAAGGCCCUGCGCCUCUGCGGGGUUCUGCCGGAGCAGGCGGCUCACGUGGGAGACGACUACCUGCGGGAUUACAGGGCAGCCAGGGAGGCGGGCAUGCACAGCUUUCUGCUCUCGGCUGCCGGGCAGCGAGGGGAGCUGGAGGUACCGAAGGAGCACGUCCUGCCUUCGCUCAGCCACCUCCUUGCCCUUAUUGAAAAGGGUUAGUCGUGGUAGCUGUAUUUCAAAGCAGGACCAAUGCUGCUGCCGAGCAGGUGACGUUCCUCGCGCUUGACUUCUCGCCGACAUUGGAAUGAGAAACAAGCGCUUCCUUCUGCGCACAGGGAGAAACGCUCCCCAUGAUGCCCCUUCUAUUCGGGGGGCAAGCUAAUGUAAUAAAGCAUAUCGGACAUGC